AUGGCUCCCAACCGCUUCAUCGACUACUUUGUGGUGUGCGGCCUGGGGCCGGAGCUGGUGUCAAUCGAGGGCCAGAAGGGGUACCACGGGACCGCCGCAAAGUACCAGCCCGCGCUAUUGGACCAGCUUCCUGUGAAGGAUCAUCCAGAUGGGGGCCUGCCCCCACAGCUCCCCAUGUGCUGCCUGCCUGGCGGGGUGGAGUUCUAUGUGGCCGGGAGCAGCGAGACGGACUGGCCCAUCCCAAAAACAUAUCCGGUCGUUUUGACGGAGGGUGACGGCACGAAGAACUACGUGAGCUGCCUCUCGUUCCGGGACCCCGUGGACGAGGACAUCUCAGCAACAUACCGCAUCCCCCCCAGCAGCUACUCCGACAAGGUCAUCUGCAUCGUCAGCCACUGGCCGUUCUUCGAGGUCUUCCGCGAGGUCCUCGAGGAGCUGCACAAGCUCUGCUUCUCCCCCACCGGCAGCAGCAAACCCCUGUGGUCCACCAUAACCGACUUGAUCAGCGUCCCCCUGCCCGUGCCGGGCCAGUCCCAGGUCCUGUUUGCCGUGGAGAAUUGCCUGCUCUCGGCCCAAGCGCCCCCCCGCGAUGGCCUCCCGUACGCAGAGCUCUCUUUCCAGCCCCUGGUGCAAUGUUUGGACAUCGAGAAGUUCACGCGGGUCUUCACGGCGGUGCUGCUGGAGAAGCGGGUCCUCCUCAGAGCCAGCAAGUACUCGCUGCUGACGGUUGUGGCGGAGGCGCUGUGCCACCUGCUUUACCCAAUCAAGUGGCAGCACGUGUACAUCCCGGUGCUGCCGUAUGCGCUGGUCGACAUCGUGGACGCGCCCACACCGUACCUCAUGGGCCUGCACUCGGGGGUGCACACCGGGGACAUGCACCUCGACGGAGUCGUCGUCGUGGACCUUGACCAGAACCAGGUCAACACUACGGAAGAUAUCCCCCAAUUGCCGGAACCCGAGGGCACGGCCCUGCGGCAGGCCAUCCUGGAACUCGUGCACCCAAACCUGGCGGAUAUGGACCGGGCGCGCACGGGGGGCGGCGCCACUGACGGGAUCAAGGCCAAGCGGCUGACGGGAAAACCCUGGUCGCGGGACCACGACCGGCGUUUCCGCUUUGUGUUCCUCCAAUUCUUUGCGUCCCUUCUGGAGAAUUACCGGGAGUACAUCGACCACGACCCGGCCGCCGAGCAGCCCUUCAACAGCACGGCGUUCCUCCUCAAACGGACCAAGAAUACGAAACGCCCCGCAGAGCCCAUGCUGUCGCAGCUGCUGGGCUCCCAAGGUUUCAUCGACUUUCUGGAGCGUGGGUACGGCUCCGAGCGGGCCGGCCCCAACAUGCUGGACAAGGUCAUGCUGGCCGCCGAAAGCGGCACCGGCGGGGGAGACGCUCUGCUGGCUCCGCCGCGCCCCGCCCAGACGGAGAUCAUCACGGUGCAGUCGACAACGCACACGAAGGAGGGAUCGAGCCGCCGGGGCCGCCACAGCUACGACCGUUUUCCCGCGGCGCCGCGCUCCCGCGAGGCCGAGGAACGGCGCAAGGCCCUGCUCGCGAGCGCUAUGGCCGCGCUCAACCCCCAGGCCUCCCGGUCCGCAGCGGCGGCCGGGAGCGCGCCGAACGGGGGGCCCGCGACGCAGCGGCAGCGCGAGGGCGGGCCGCCGACCGUCACGGACCACAAGUCGCCGCAGGAGAGGGCGGCGGAGCGCGAGCUGAUGAUCCUGGACAUCCGCGUGAAGCAGCAGGUGCUGUGGCGCAAGUUCCUGGAGAUGCGCGGGCCCGACCUGGCCGCCUCCACCGAGUACGGCACGCUCUUCGCGCUCAUCGACUCCGACCCCGACGGCUCCGGCGGCAGCGGCCUCGUCGAGUGCAUCAGAGAGUUCAUUCUAGAGGGCGGGUCGUGCGAGCUGGAUAACGACCACUUUGACCCCGUCAAGGAACUGCUGAAGACGGUCGUCAAGCGGGCGACCUCUCGGGACGACUUCCUCACAGUCCAGUUUGCGAUGGACAUCUCGGCGCAGCUGUUCCGUCGCGACUCCGCCUCCGUCUGCGACUACAUCCAGCGCCACAUCGGGCACCUGCCCGUAUGGGAGAGCCUACUCUUCUGGGAAACCGCCUUUGCAACGGCGAUGGAGCAAUGCCCGGAAAAGGGUCUCGGCCGCUCGCGCGUCGCGCUGCGCCAGCUUUUAAUCCUCGCGGAUCACAUGGUCGGGUUGAGCGUUCCGGACGCAGAAGCGUGGGCCGCACUCGAAACAAUCGCGCUAAGGAACAGUGUGGGGUAUAUUGAGUUGGUCAAACUGCGCGGCGCGCUCGCAUUGAUGGAGCAGUUACGGAGCGGUUAUUGGGGGCUGACCCCCGGGCAGAAGGGCGGCCUCCAGCAGCGCAGCCAGGGUUUGCUUAACCUGGACGGGAACCACAACCCGGGGGAGUCGCUCGACGCGGCGGAUCACAGCCAAGGGGACCUGAGCCUCAAAGUGCAGGCGUGGGCGCGCAGCAUGUUUGCAAAGGAAAAGGUGACAUUAGACACGAAACCUUCCCCGGGCAAAAACAAGGCGGAGAAGCUCCUCGGGGGGGGGCUCGUGGGGCGGACCAGCGUCGAGGGGAAGCUCGGGGGGGGGGCGGCAGGGAUCCCCCGGGUUCAGGAUUUUGCGGGGUCACGCGGAGGCGAUUGUACAGUGAAGCUCUGGAACCCGGAGCGGCGGGGCGAGGAGCUGCUGUGUACCAUGGAGGGGCAUACCAAACUGAUCCGGUGCCUGGGAUCCGACCGGAUUCGGCUCAUUUCGGGCGCGGACGACGCGCGCAUUGUCGUGUGGGACAAGAACAGCGGCCACCUGCUGGUCGAUUUCAACGACCACGAAGACAAGGUGAGCUGCGUCCGGCUGGUCCAGGGGCAGCAGGCGCUGUCCGGUUCGUACGAUUGCAGCGUCCGCAUGUGGGACCUGCGGACGAGCAAGUGCGUAGCGCUGCUGGGCAAGCACGCGGGGCCGGUCCUGUGCCUGGACCACGACUUUGCCACGGGGCUCGUCGCGACGGGGGGGACGGACGGCGUGUGCAACCUGUGGGACAUCCGGGGGGGGAAGCUGCGGCACCGCCUCGUGGGGCACAACAACUGGAUCAGGGCGGUGCGCCUGUCCAAUGACACCCUGGUGACAGGCAGCGAUGACUGGACGGCCUGCGUGUGGGGCGCCGCGAGCGGGCUGUGCGGGGCAGUGCUGGCGUGUCACAGCGGGGGGGUAACUUGCGUGGACUUCAGUCCAAGCGGGGAUGGCAUCCUCACAGGUUCCGUGGACAGCACCGUCCGCUUCUGGGAGCGCGAGGAGGGCACCGCCAGCAUGCGCUGCGUCGAGACGGUGGGCGUGCACAACGGCCCCAUCCUGGGCGUCAAGGCGAGCGAGGCCUGGAUCGCCAUCGGGGCUGCGGACAACUCCAUGGCGCUCUUCCACCGUCCGGAGGGCGUCCGAAGCAGCGUUAAGUCGCUCCAAAAGAGCAGAAUGGCGGAAUACCAGCUGCUGCGGACGAUGCACAAAAGUGCUGCGAUGGUGCGCGCCGUCGCGUGCGAUGUGAUUCGCGCGAGGGUGUGCAGCGGGGGGCGGAACGGGGUUAUUCGGCUUUGGGAGCCGUCGCUUCCCGGAUGAGGCGGCGUGCGAGGAGAUUGUGUCUGUUCGUGUUGUGCUUGGGGAUGCUAUGUUGAAGAGAGAAUAUUCAAAAAAUGUUCGUCUGACCUGGCCCGAACUCCGCUCAUGCACUGGGCCGGAAUGCAUGUAAUAUCUAACGCAUUUGCAAGAAUAUGUUCGUGC